AUGCCCACCGAUGCAGCUCAUUGUGAACACUGCCCAGAAAACCAAUAUCCCAACAAGGACAAGGACCAAUGCAUUGCCAAGAAGAUCCACUUCCUUGCCUAUGAAGAGACCCUGGGUGUCCUCUGUGUUGGCAAAAACUGUCAUGGUGGUUCUGGCGUUCAUGACCACCAAGCCAGGGAACAGGACAAGCUAUUCCCCAUUAACUACCAGCAAUUCCUUGCAUUGAUGUUUGCUGUCUCUGAGGUCAAUAAGGAUUUUUUCCUGCUCCCCAACAUCACCCUCGGCUUCCAUAUCUACAGACAUUUCCAGAGUGAGAUGUUUAUUUCCUUAAACAGCUUCUCCAUGCUCUCCUCACGAGGCCAAGUGGUUCCAGGGUACAAAUGUGACCAGCAGGACACUCUUCUGUCCAUCAUUGGUGGUCUCAUUGCCAAAUACUCAAGGCAGAUGGCCAUCAUCUUCAGUAUUUUUAAGGUCCCACAGUAUGUCUUUGACUGCAAGAUCCACAAACCAGGCGAGAUCCCUCCAAAGGGGAAAAAACAAUGUACAGGAAAGGAGAAUUUGCAGUAUCUACCAUAUUACACUUUUGAAACAAGAAUGACAGAUGCAGCUCACUGUGAACCCUGUCCAGAAAACCAAUAUGCCAACAAGAACAAGGACCAAUGCAUUGCCAAGAAGAUCCAUUUCCUCACCUAUCAAGAGACCCUGGGGUACAUUUUAGUUUUUCUUGCUCUUUUUCUCUCUAUUAUAACAUCUGCAGUCUUGGUUAUUUUCUAUAAACAUCAUGACACACCAAUCAUCAAGGCCAACAACCGAGAUCUCACCUAUAUCCUCCUGGUCUCCCUCCUGCUCUGCUUCCUCUGUUCUUUCCUCUUCAUUGGUCAACCUGGGAAGAUCUCUUGUCUCUUCCAACAAUCUGCCUUUGCCAUUCUCUUUUCCCUUGCAGUUUCCUCUGUGUUAGCAAAAACUGUCAUGGUGGUGCUGGCCUUUAUGGCCACCAAGCCAGGGAACAGAUCAAGGAAACUUUUAGGAAAACCACUGACCUGCUCCAUUGUCAUAGCCUGCCCCUUGGUCCAAGCAUUUCUUUGUGCAACCUGGCUGGGAACCUCUCCCCCGUUUCCCAACUUGGACUUCCACUCCUUGUUUGGAGAGAUCAUUUUAGAAUGCAACGAAGGCUCAUCUUUAAUGUUUUACAUUGUGCUUGCCUAUCUAGGUUUUUUGGCUCUCAUCAGUUUCACUGUGGCAUUUCUAGCUAGGAAAUUGCCUGAUAGCUUUAAUGAAGCCAAGUUCAUUACCUUUAGCAUGCUGGUUUUUUGCUGUGUUUGGAUUACUUUCCUCCCUACCUAUCUGAGAACCAAAGGGAAGUCCAUGGUAGCUGUGGAGAUUUUCUCCAUUUUGGCCUCUGGAGCUGCUCUCUUGGCAUGUAUCUUUUUUCCCAAAUGCUAUAUUAUUCUACUGAGGCCCGAUCUGAAUUGUAGAGAAAAUAUAGUAAGAAACAAGAAUUUCUAA